AUGACUGGCUCAACAAACAUUACAGAGAUCACCUAUUUCAUCCUCCUGGGAUUCUCAGAUUUUCCCAGAGUCAUAGUAGUGCUCUUCGUUCUAUUUCUGGGAAUCUACAUUACAGCUCUGACCUGGAACCUGGGCCUCAUUGUUUUAAUACGGAUGGAUUCCCACCUCCACAUACCCAUGUAUUUCUUCCUCAGUAAUCUGUCCUUCAUAGAUGCCUGCUAUGUUACCUCCACAGUCCCCAAAAUGCUCUCCAACUUCUUCCAGGAGCAGCAAACUAUCACCUUUGUGGGUUGCGUUGUCCAGUAUUUUAUCUUCUCAACCAUGGGACUGAGUGAGUGUUGCCUCAUGACGGCCAUGGCAUAUGACCGCUAUGCUGCCAUUUGUAACCCACUGCUCUAUUCAUCAAUCAUGUCACCCACCCUGUGUGCUCAGAUGGUGCUGGGAUCCUACAUGGCUGGACUCACCGCUGCUUUAUCUCAAAUGUGUGCUUUACUUCAGCUCCACUUCUGUGGACCUAAUGUCAUCAGGCACUUCUUCUGUGACAUGCCCCAACUCUUAAUCCUGUCCUGCAGUGACACUUUCUUUGUACAAGUUAUGCUUGCUAUAUUAGCAAUGAUACUUGGAGUAGCAAGUGCCCUAGUUAUCAUGAUAUCCUACGGUUAUAUUGUCAUCUCCAUCAUGAAGAUCACAUCAGCUAAAGGCCGGUCUAAGGCUUUCAACACCUGUGCUUCUCAUCUGACAGGUGUUUCCCUCUUUUAUGCAUCAGGUAUGUUUGUCUAUUUGAGUUCCAGCUCUGGUAGUUCCUCCAGCUUUGACCGAUUUGCAUCAGUUUUUUACACUGUGAUCAUUCCCAUGUUGAAUCCCUUGAUUUACAGUCUGAGGAACAAGGAAAUCAAAGAUGCCAUGAGGAGGUUACAAAAGAGAAGAAUAAACCUCUAA